AUGCCUCGCCCCAAGCGAACGCGCCAGCCCGUCGCGGCCCCAGACGACCAAGAACCACGAGGACGGUCCCGUGCCACACGCAGAAGUACCAGCACGAUGCAGGAUGCUGAGAAGACGCGGGACCAGGCACUCCGCGCGCUGGCGACAGAAGAUCCCACAUCCACCGAGCAUGACACGUCCAUCGAGGUCGGCCGGCGUGCGGCGACCCCCUCGCGACGCGACACCACGGGCCUUGAUCUGGGCGACUCCAUGUUUGGUGACCUGGACGAGUCCUUUGAUCUGCCACGCGAUCUGGAUCACUCUUCUCUGGCCGGAGGAAUAGGCGGCAGCUCGGUCAUUAAGCCCCGCUCACGCGCCUCCAGCAUCAUCGGGAGAAACGACCCUCCCAUCCGGCCAAGCAGCCGCGGUGGCGCGACGCCGCUCAUGAGCUCGACAUUGAACUUUGGCAACUUCAAACGACGGCCCAGGGAGCCGAGUAUUCUGGGCGCAAGCAGGAAGGCGGUUGGUGAUACUACGGGUACCACGGCCUCCAAUACCACCUCUACUUUUGCGCGCGGCCAGGAGGAGAGCGACGACGAGGAGGAUCUAGGAUUGACACUGGAACUGGAGGGAUUCGAGGAGCCAGAAGCGGAGAGCACACCUAUCAGUCAUAGGCGGAGGACGAGGGCUUCGCUGCGGCAGGCCAAGGAGGCGUCCCCGGAGCUGCCUGACUUGAGCAAAGCUUCUGUCAGAUCGAGGAAGCGGAAAAGUAAGAGUGAUGAGGCGGUCGGUGGUAGCGAUCGUCCCGAGAAGAUUUCACGCACCGAGGAGCCCACGCGGCAGGUGGACGUUGAAGAAGAAGAAGUCAUUCCCCGCACGCAGUCUUCUCCGGCACCAGCCCCUGAAAUAGAUGUGGCCGCGGAGUCCUCUUCUGAGUGCUCGGAGUCAGAAGAUGCGCCGGAGCUCGAGUCUGGGGCUCGAGCCGCACCCGUCUUGACAGUUGAGAGCGACCCCGACUCAUCCUCUGACACCGACUCGUCCCUCUCGGAACUGCCUUCACCGAUCACUAUCCCCGCGCGCCUCGUCGCCCGUCCUGCCACGCCCGAUGGAGACUACGCCGCGCCGCCUUUGUCUAGCGCCUCUGAAGUCUCUGACGAGCUGUGGCCCGACAUCCACGACCUAGCCAAGCGCCGCGCGCGCCAGGCCAACGCAGACGACAAACUGUCGAACGUGUCGUCGCCCCCAUCCCUGACCCACUCUCCAAACCAUCAGCCCAGAGUGGCGCGUGGGCGAUCGAGGACAAGGCGCUCGCCUCCACCCCUGACGACAGCGGUUCUGGCGAACCUCAUGCCCAAGAGACGGCAACAAAGACUGGCGGGGGAAGAGGACAACGACGAGUAUGACACCACAGGCAUCAGGCACGGUGAGGAUGAGCUCUCGUUUGUCGAUUCGCGAAGAAGGCAGAAUCGAUCAACGGCACGAUCAGCCUCUCGCAACACAAACGCCAGGAACAAGUCAAAAGGUGGCAGCCGCAAACGGGGCACUUCACGCAGACAGACCAAGACAUAUUCUCGCCGUGACAUGGAACCAGACAAAGAGAAUGAGGACGAGGAGGUGGACGAGAGCAGAUACGACCCGGUGCCGGAUGAGACAUUUGACGGGGCCGAUCACGUCAGGGAAUACCCGGAGCUCAAGGCUGCCGCAGCCAAGUUCCAGCGCGUGGAUCAAUGGCAGAUGGAGUUUGAGAGCGCCGACGAGGAGGACGCUGCAGAUCUGGAGGCGCGAUAG